AUGCCGUCGUCGUCCAGCAUGGCUCCUGCACCGCCUACAUCUCAUCCCGGCCAGGACGACGAGAAAGACUACGUCUAUUUUGUGCGCGACACGAGUCAUAUUAGCAAGGCGACGCAGGACGCCGCACGUAGUGCCAAAAUGCGGCUAGAGCAUUCGUACCGCCUCGCUGUGAACCAAGCGAUUGAGCGCAAUCAACGACGCCAGGACCUGGAGAAGCGUCUGGCGCAUCCACCGGAUGGUGUGCCACUCUCUGAGGAGCGCAAUACACGGCAGCUUGCGCUGCUUGGCCGUCGUGAGACCAACUUUUUGCGGCUGCGCCGCACGCGUCUCGGCCUCAGUGAUUUCCGAACGGUCAAAGUCAUUGGCAAAGGCUCGUUCGGUGAGGUGCGUGUCGUGCAGAAAGUCGACACAGGCAAGAUUUAUGCGAUGAAGACGCUGCGCAAGAGUGAGAUGUUCAAGAAGGACCAGUUGGCUCAUGUUCGCGCCGAGCGCGAUGUGUUGGCCGAGUCCAAUUCGCCCUGGGUCGUGCAGUUGUACUACUCGUUCCAGGAUGCUGCGUAUUUGUAUUUGCUGAUGGAGUUUUUGCCGGGCGGCGAUCUGAUGACUAUGUUGAUCAAGUACGAUACCUUUUCGGAGGAUGUGACGCGCUUCUACAUUGCCGAGUGUGUCCUCGCACUCGAAGGCAUCCACCAGUUGGGCUUUAUUCACCGCGACGUGAAGCCUGACAAUAUUUUGAUUGACAGCAAGGGCCAUAUCAAGUUGUCCGACUUUGGUCUCUCGACCGGCUUCCACAAGCAGCACGACAAUGCGUACUAUCAAAAACUCUUUGAAGAACCUCCGUCGGCUGCCAGCGCAGCGCAGUCGAACCGCAACUCGGUGGCGGUGAACAGCAUCACACUUACGCUUAGCAGCAAGGAUCAAAUUGCGACGUGGAAAGCGAACCGCCGCAAACUUGCGUACUCUACCGUGGGCACUCCCGACUACAUUGCGCCGGAGAUUUUCAUGCAGCAGGGGUAUGGCCAGGAGUGCGAUUGGUGGAGUCUCGGCACGAUCAUGUUUGAAUGCUUGUGUGGCUACCCACCGUUUUGUUCGGACAAUGCGCACGAUACCUACCGCAAGAUUUUGGCAUGGCGGGAGACGCUUCAAAUCCCGGACGAUAUUCACUUGAGCCCUGAGGCGGAGGAUAUGAUCCAUCGACUGAUUGCUGCGCCAGAAGAACGAUUGGGCCGGAAUGGUGCCCAAGAAAUCAAGGACCACCCAUUCUUCGCAGGUGUCGACUGGUCGACGAUUCGCCGCAUUGACGCGCCCUUUGUCCCGCGUCUGACCAGCGUGACGGACACUAGCUAUUUCCCUACCGAAGACUAUCAAGACGUACCGGAUGUGCCGCCUGGCGCAGAGACCGAUGUGGGGGCCAAGGACCUGGCUUUCCUUGGCUACACAUUCCGGCGCUACGAAGCCAACGAAAGCGCCUUGUAA